AUGCGCAAGCUGCCUCUCUUUGCACAAUUCCGCCUUUGGAAAGUUUUUCUUCGUUGGCGCAAAGUGAUCCGCUACGCCCAAAUCGCACGCUGUCAAAAGUUUCUUGAGGAUAACCUCUUCAUCGCUAAUCCGACAUUGCGGCCUGCUCUUCUCAAUCUUCGGGAAAUGUGCUACAGCAUCGCCGGAAUGACUUUGUGUCGUGUUGACAGGAGUAAGACAGCAACACUCUUGGAAUUUCUCGGGAAUCAAAUGCUUCAACUCUCCGAGGUCAAUCUCAGACUGCAGGAGUUCCAUGAUGUGACUAAAGAGAUCGUUCGUAAUGCGUGUAGAACGGCUCUCUUGGAGUACGGGUUUAUGCCCGACGACUAUUUCUACGAUGAGUCAGACUUGCCUAAAAAUCUAGGUCGGAAUAUGUAUGAUGUGGACGAGUUGAUUGACGCCUGCAAACUGACCUCCAAGCGUCUGCAGCUGGAGCCCAUUCCCUACGACGCCGACCACCCUCUUGUGGGCUCCGCGAUGAAGCCCAUCGCCACGGCGCUCAAACAGAUGCGCAACAAUCGCUACAAACUGGAACGCCGCUGUCAAAAGAUUAAAUUGCAGGCUCCAGGUGGAAAGAAUUCCUACUUUCUCCAAUGUGGAGACACUGAUUGGUUCUCCACCUCUGUCGGGAAGAUGUCCUUCACAGAACAGGCGAGAAAACGCAAAAAGUGCAAACGACUUACCUGCUUCGUUCUACUGGUGGACUACCUCAUCCUGAAUACGAUGCACACGCUGGCCAAGAAUUCCACAUUCCUCUUCAGUCGGGUCCUAGAGGAGGAGUCGGCGUCGAUCCCCAGCGCCGAGCAAAUCGCGGCCUUCCGCAUCGACGUGAAGCUGGUCCUCCAUCCCGAAGACGACAGCGAGUCCGAAGACAACUUCGACGCCACCGUCAAGCAGCCGGAAGCGAAAACUGAGGGAGGGGAGGAGGCGGCGGCGACGGCGACAGAAACGGAGAAGCCGCAGGAGAAUAAUCAAAAUGACUCCGAUGCGGUCAGUGCCCAUUCUAAUUAUUCCGAAGGGCCACAGUGCGUCUUUCCGGACCAGGGCGGACCCGAGCCAGCACCCGGACCCUCCGAAAACCCCGCCAAGCCCCCGCUAUUUUUGAACGAGCUGCUCCUCCAAAAUAGCCAACUCUGCGCCGUUCCCUCAGAGGACCAAUUUUCCGAAGGCAUCUCCAACAUUCUCAGUCGUUUCCAGGACACCAUGAUGACCUUGUCCAAUUUUGCCAACGAUCCCUAUUUCGACGCCUUUUCCCGUCCGAUCAUAAAUAACAAGCAAGAGGAAAAAACUACUGGCGCAGGACCGCAGUUGCGCGACGUCUUUAACGAAGACGUGGAACUCCAAACACUCAUCGCGGGUAUCCAGGAGAGUCUUCGAAAGUCGUUCGUCGCUGUUCGACACUACAUCGAUACGUUCAGUGAAAUCAACGAGUUCUUCAAGGAAAACGAAUCAGUCACGGCUGAGGCGCUUCAAGCUGAGCGUGAAGGUAACUUGAAGCUUCUGUUUCAAAUACCAAUGGGUGCUGGCGUCCCAGACGGGCUAGGACAUUCCGUCCGCGUGUCCGUCGCUUGUGCGAACGUAACCCCCUUCCCCUCUCACCACCAGCGCAAAUUCCUCUCUGAUUGGUCAAUGGUGGUCGCCGCCUACGUGGAAGGGGGUUCACUGUUGUCGGACUUCCUGUCCAAUUGGCUCCCGAACUUUGAAAAGAACAAGGGAUUUAACUGGAGUAAACAGGAUUCAAGCAGGCAAUGCACAACACCGAUGGGCUAUUCGACUGUCACCCACCUCCAUAUAUCCGAGUUCUACGUUUUAUCCAUGACACUGAAGCAUAACAUGCAGGCGUCCUUGCUUUUAUCCACAGACACUGAUUUCUUUCGCGAAAAAUUGGCAAUCUUCAGCCGGCAGGUUGAAAUGACAAACCUCAUCCCCUUGAACCGCGAAGUCGGCAUCUUCAACAUGGAUACGAGCGUCUUCAAGAACACCGUCGUGCCUUCGCCCUUGCGGUGUCUCGACUGCGUCUACGCCAUUCUGCCGUCGAUCGCUCGCGGGGAGGUCGACAGACUCACCAAGGAGACCCAGGAGGCUGAAUACACCCUGGCGCAGGCCCUGACGACAGCUGUGGACUACGUCAAUCACCUGACUUUCCUGCGGCAGAUCCAACUUCGUAUUGAGCCGUUGGAACAGGAGGCAGAUGCUAUUCGCUCAAUGUACGAAUUGAUCGACCUCUUUAAAGUUCCAACGCCUCCAGAAGACAUCGCGGUUUACCAGACACUGGUUCCGGGAAUCGAGCGAACCACCACAGCGAUCGACAGGGCCCUUGCGGAACGCGACGAAACUGUCGACGUGUUUUUCACUUGCCUUAACAGAGACAUUGGUGAACUCGUCAACGAUGUCAAGGAGGCCAAACAGGCAGUUGGGAACCCAAUGCUAUUCGACACCACGCAAAAUCGUGAUACUGUCCUCGAAGAACUGGAUCGGCUUCAGGAUAUUGUGACUGAACAGCAGUCCCGUUACCUGACCUACAAAGACUACCAGAAGAGUUUUAAGGACCUCACUUUGCUUAUCAGUGGAACACCUCUUGAGGAUCAAAUCUUGAGUCGUCCUGGCGUGCGAGCGAACAGUUUCACGGAGUGGCUUGGGAAGCUGUAUCCCAAUAUUGUCAAGGUGGAACAGCCACGCUACGUUGAUCUGGAGGAGCUGUUUUCGGAGCUUCGCCUGAAACGUCUCCUUUGGAGCAGCAUGGAUGAAUGGGAUGCAAUUUGCAUGAAGUGGGAUGAAGUCGAGUUCAAGACGCUGGAUCCCGAAGAAGUCACUUCGACGACGAUGAAGUACGUGAAGUCAGUAGCGCAGCUGGACAAGGGACUGCCCGCCAACGACGUGGUUCCCAUUUUGCGCUACAAAGUCGACCAGAUGCGAAGUAUUCUUCCAACGAUCAGUGAUUUGCGAAACCCAGCCUUGAAGGACCGGCAUUGGGAGCUGUUUGAGGACCUCUUAGGCUUCAAAGUAGCUGCUCUCGAUUCACCACUGACCCUCGGCAUGCUAAAACAGUUGCACGCCUUCGAAAAGGUCGAUGAGAUCCGUGAAAUCGCCGGAAUGGCUAGCUCUGAGGCGAGUCUCGAAGCACUUCUCAAGAAGGUUGAAAACUCAUGGAAAUCAACAGAAUUUAUUGUGAUCCCCUAUAAGACCUACAAGGACGUCUACGUACUGGGGGGUACUGACGAGGUUCAGCAGCUGUGGGACGAUUCAAACAUCAGCAUCUCCACGAUCGCCUCGUCGAAGCACGUCGGUCCGAUCCGACCGCAAGUGGACGAUUGGGUGCAGAAACUUGCUCUGUUUGGUGAAACACUGGCAAGUACUUCUCUUCGCUUUCCACCCUUUGAUUUUGCACCGGAGCAAUGGCUUGACUGCCAGCGCGGUUGGAUGUAUCUGGAGAGCAUAUUCUCGGCUCCCGACAUUCAGCGUCAACUGCCGAGCGAGGCGAAGAGUUUCAUGGCCCUGGACAAGUCCUUCAAGGAGGUGAUGCGGAAGGUGCAGAAGGUGCCUCUUGCGAUGCGAGCGGCCACGACUCCAGGCCUGCUGGACACCUUCCGCAACAACAACGUCCUGCUGGAACAGAUUCAAAAGUGUCUGGAAGCCUAUCUGGAAUCCAAGCGAGUCAUAUUCCCUCGCUUCUACUUCCUUUCCAAUGACGAAUUGCUAGAGAUUUUGGCGCAGACACGUAACCCCCUUGCAGUGCAGCCUCAUCUGCAAAAGUGUUUUGAUGCGAUCGCCCGUCUGGAAUUCGUUCCUAAUCCUAGAUUCGACGGCGGACCUGACGAACCGCAGUUCACCAACGACAUAAGCGCCAUGGUAUCAGCCGAAGGCGAAAGCGUUUCUCUGGGCAAGGUAAAGUCUCAAUCGCCCCUCUUCCUGCUUAGUCUGAAGUUGGUUUUGGUGAAGUUUGUCCAUGGUUUCAAAGCCCGCGGGAACGUUGAGGACUGGCUAGGCAAGGCAGAAGAGUGCAUGGUUACGAGCCUCCGGAAGGGCAUGAAGGAGGCCCUGGCUGACGUAGACACCAUGUCUCGUGAUGAUUGGCUCGUUGCACACACUAAUCAGAUUACACUCACCGUGGAACAGCUGAUCUGGGCACGUGACGUUCACGGAAUCCUCGAUAAUCCUGAGAGCGGACCGGAGGAACGCCUGAACGGCCUCAGGGCUUACGAGGAGCACUCGUUCGAAACUUUGAAUAACCUGGCGAAGUUGGUGAGAGGGUCUCUGCCAAAACUAAUCCGCAUGAUGUUCUGCUCGCUGAUAACAAUUGACGUCCACGCUCGCGACAUGAUCACCUCCAUGAUAGAACAGGAGGUCACUUCUUCCACGAACUUCGAGUGGCAACGGCAGCUUCGGUAUUAUUGGGACGAGACAAUCGACAACUGCGUGGUGCGCAUGUCCACCUCGCGCUACGUUUACGGCUACGAGUACUUGGGCGCCUCUCCUCGUCUAGUCAUCACUCCACUCACCGACAGAUGCUACCUCUGCCUGAUGGGAGCCCUGCAACUUGACCUGGGCGGAGCACCUGCGGGUCCAGCUGGAACGGGGAAAACCGAGACCACCAAGGACCUGGCGAAGGCGCUGGCGAAGCAGUGCGUCGUCUUCAAUUGUUCCGACGGUUUGGACUACAAGAUGAUGGGUCGGUUUUUCUCCGGCCUCGCCCAGUCCGGUGCGUGGUGUUGCUUCGACGAGUUCAACCGAAUCGACAUCGAAGUGCUCUCCGUCAUCGCUCAACAACUCAUCACCAUCAAAAAUGCCAAGUCAGCUAAGGUGAGUCGUUUCCUGUUCGAGGGUCGGGAGAUCAAGCUCAAUCCGUCCUGCGCUGCCUUCAUCACCAUGAAUCCUGGCUACGCCGGCCGCACUGAACUGCCGGACAACUUGAAGGCCCUCUUCAGACCUAUCUCCAUGAUGGUGCCGGAUUACAAGCUCAUUGCUGAGGUGAUUCUCUACUCAGAAGGCUUCGAGUCGUCAAAGAACCUCGCCCUGAAGAUGACCCAGAUGUACAAGCUCUGCAGUGAACAGCUCUCCAAACAGGACCACUAUGAUUUCGGUAUGCGCGCGCUCAAGUCCGUGCUUGUCAUGGCCGGUUCCUUGAAACGCGAGAACGCAGACAAACCGGAGGACGCGGUGCUUAUUCGAGCCCUGCGCGACAGCAACCUGCCCAAAUUCCUCGUCCAAGACGCCAUUCUCUUCACGGCAAUUCUGCAAGAUCUCUUCCCGGGUGUAGAGGUCCCCGAACAUGACUACGGCCAAUUCCAGACCGUUGUGGAGGAAGUCGCGGUCAAGUCCGACCUCCAGGUGGUUCCGUCGCAGGUGGCCAAGGUCAUCCAGUUCUACGAGACCCUGGUGGUGCGCCACGGCGUCAUGCUGGUUGGUCCGACGGGCGGUGGCAAGACAACCGUCUACCGCAUUCUCGCGGAGACACUCGAGACCCUCUCAAAGAUGCCCGAAAUGGCAGAAAAGAACAACAAUUAUAAACCUGUCAAGGUGUACGUGCUGAACCCCAAAUCGAUCACCAUGGGGGAGAUCUUCGGGGAGGUUGAAAUAUCAACAAUGGAAUGGCACGACGGUCUGAUGGCCUACAUGGUCCGGCAAACCUGCAUUGAUCCAACUACAGACCACCAGUGGAUCAUCUGCGAUGGACCCGUUGACGCCCUGUGGAUCGAGAACAUGAAUACUGUGCUGGAUGACAACAAGAUGCUUUGCUUGGCGAAUUCGGAGCGCAUCAAACUCACACCCUGGGUCCACAUGCUCUUCGAGGUGUCGGACCUGGCUGUCGCGUCGCCCGCCACCGUCAGCCGCUGCGGUAUGGUGUACGUGGACCCAGACGACCUCGGCUGGCUGCCUUACGUGAAGGUGAAUGCUGAGUUUUUCUGGUCACUUCUCAAGUCCUGUAAUUCGAGGCCGAGGCGCCGAGACGCUAGUUUUUGUUCCUCAGACAUCGUGGCUGCAGUCACGUCUGCACCAGAUUACUGCUUCCGCUCAAACGAGGAGUGUAGGGGACCAACGUGGCUGAAUUCUCUGAAGGACAAGCUAAACGACAAUGUGCGUCAGUACAUAUUGAGAUUGUUCGAAAGAUUCGUUGAAGGUGGUUUGAAGGCCAUCAUGAAGCUGCCAACCGUCAUUCCGCAGGUCCCGAUAGCUCGGGUGAAGACGAUGUGCGUUCUCAUGGAGGUAGCCCUCACACACCCAGGGGCGCCGGACGUGGGGACCGGCGAAAUCCAGAAACAGCAGCCUGUCAUCGCCAUGAUCUUCGUCUUCGCCCUCCUCUGGGGUCUGGCUGGCAACAUGCCCCCCAGCCAGGACCUCUGGUCUUGCUACGUUGACACGAAACUCAGACGUUUCGACGUGUGGGAGAGGCUUCUUCCAAAGUUCGUGUACGACAAAAAUGUGCCCUUCUUUAACUGCCUCGUGCCUACGGUGGACACAGUGCGGUAUGGGUACAUCUUGAAGCAGCUCCUUCGUGCAGGCCAAUCAGUGCUUUACACUGGCAAUACAGGCGUCGGAAAGACCGCAAUAGCACGUGCUACUCUAGACGAGACCUGCGAGGAAUCGAACUACGUCCCCAUUUUCAUAAACUUCUCCGCCCAGACAAGCAGCAAACGCACUCUAGAAAUGAUUGUUGAUAAGUUAGAAAAGCGCCGCAAGAAUGUUCUGGGAGCGCCGAAGGGUAAGAGGGUGAUUCUCUUUGUGGACGACCUCAACAUGCCGAAGCUGGAUACCUACGGUAGCCAGCCGCCCAUUGAACUGCUCCGCCAAAUCCAGGACUUUGGCGGGUUCUACGACUGCGAAAAGCUGACCUGGCUCUCCAUUGAGGAUGUGACCUUGUCCGCAGCCUGUGGACCCCCAGGCGGAGGCAGAAAUCCCAUCACCUCGCGACUGGUCCGCCAUUUUAGUGUCCUCGCCAUUCCGUCUCCGGCAGAGAUCACCUUGAAGCACAUUUUCUCAUCCAUCAUGACGGGUUUCAUGUUGGAUUUUGCGCAAGCACUGCGACCGCUCGCCGACUCGAUUGUCAACGGCGCCGUGGACAUCUACGGACGCAUGACAUUGGAGCUUCUGCCGACGCCAGCAAAGUCGCACUACGUCUUCAAUCUGCGGGACCUCUCUAAGUGCAUUCAGGGCAUUCUUCAGACAAACCCCCUGUCGAUUCGAGACAAGGGCUGCAUGACUCGGCUCUUCUACCAUGAGUGCAGCCGAGUCUUCCAUGAUCGUCUGGUUGACGAUACCGACCGCAUGUUCUUCAACACCAUACUUGCGGAAACGGCUACCAAAUACUUUAGCGAGAACGUUGAACCGCAAAGCUUUUCGCAGAACCCCCUGUUCUUCGGCGACUUCAUGUCGUUUGGAGCUCCUCGUGAAGAUCGACUCUACGAGCAGAUCACCGACAUGGACAAACUGAAGGGAAUUAUGCAGGAGUACCUCGAUGAUUACAACAUGGUGUACACCAAGGAGACUCGUAUCGUCUUCUUCGUGGACGCCAUUCAGCACAUCUGCCGGAUAGCAAGGAUGCUCAGACAAGAUCGUGGAAACGCGCUCUUAGUCGGUGUGGGUGGAACGGGGAAGCAGUCUCUGACAAAACUGGCGGCUCACAUAAACGGUUACCAAUGUUUUUCAAUCGAACUUUCGCGAGGCUACAACUAUGAGUCCUUCCACGACGACCUCCUGAAGCUCUACGUGUGGACCGGAGUGGAGAAUAAGCCCACCGCCUUCCUCUUCACCGACAACCAGAUCAUCAUGGAGGAGUUUGUCGAGGACCUCAACAACAUCCUCAAUUCGGGCGAGGUGCCGGGACUCCUGGACGCGGAGAACUACGAAAAGCUCAUCAUUGGUUGUCGUUCGGCCGCGAAGAACGCGGGCAUAGCCGAGGGGAACCGCGACGCCAUUUACAAGUUUUGCAUCGACCGAGUGAGGAACAAUCUCCACCUGGUGCUAGCCAUGUCCCCUGUGGGGUCGGCCUUUCGCUCGCGGUGUCGAAUGUUCCCCUCAUUGGUCAACUGCUGCACCAUCGACUGGUUCAUGGAGUGGCCAGAGGAGGCGUUGUAUGGGGUAGCCAAGUCUUCGUUCGCAUCGCUGGAAAUAGACUCUACCGAAAUCAAGGACAAGAUAGCUGAGCUGUGCACAUUUUCGCAUAUGACGGCGUCUACAUUGGCCGUUCGAUUCUUCGAGGAGCUGAAACGACACUACUACACAACACCGACCAGCUACUUGGAGCUGCUCUCCGUCUAUAGAGUAAUGAUUGACAACCGUCGAAACCAGCUGAAGACGAUGCAAGGCAAAUUCAAGAAUGGUCUUGACAAAAUCCAGGAAACCAACGACCUUGUGACCCACAUGGAAAAAGACCUCACGGCCCUGAGGCCCAAAUUAGAGCAGAAACAAAAGGAUACAGAGAAGCUUAUGAACAAACUCAGCGAAGAUCAAGAAAAAGCCGAUGUCGUGCGGAAUAAGGUAAAGGAGGACGAAGCCGAUGCCAAGCAGAAGGCCAUGGAGACUCAAGCAAUCGCUGACGACGCCCAGCAGGACUUGGACGCUGCAAUGCCCGCACUUGAUGCCGCCAACAAGGCUCUCGACUCCCUUGACAAGAACGACAUCUCCGAGAUUCGCGUCUUCACGAAGCCGCCACAACUCGUGCAGACCGUCAUGGAGGCGGUUUGUUUGAUGUUGGGGCAAAAAACCGACUGGACCACGGCCAAGACAGUCCUGGGUGACAGCAACUUCCUGCGCAAACUAGUUGAGUAUCCGAAGGACACCAUCUCGGAUGCUUUGCUCAGGAAACUCCAGAAGUACGUCGACAACCCAGACUUUGUUCCCUCGGUUGUCGAGAAGGUCAGCAAGGCUUGCAAGUCGUUGUGCAUGUGGGUCCGUGCACUGGAACUCUACGCCCGUGUCUACAGAACUGUCGAGCCAAAGAAAAAACGACUGGAAGAGGCGAACAAGGAACUAGACGUCGUAGUCUCGAAGCUCCGCGAGAAACAGGCAGCUCUCAAGGAGGUGGAGGAUAAGAUCAGCGCACUCCAGGCCACCUACGAUAAGUCGGUUGGUGAGAAAAAGGCCCUCGAGCACAAUCUGGCGUUGACAGCAGCCCGUCUCAAACGUGCCGGGAAACUGACCACUGCCUUGUCCAGCGAAAAAGAACGCUGGAACGAAUCUAUUGGGGUCUACGACGCCCAGCUUAACAACCUUGUCGGGGACGUAUUCAUCGCGGCUGCCUGCGUCGCCUACUACGGUGCCUUCACUACCGAGUAUCGGGAGGACAUGGUCAGGGCCUUGGUUGACAAAUGCGUGGAACUCGAAGUCCCUGUUAGCGAGAAUGUCGGCUUGUUCAAUGUCCUUGGUGACGCCUUUGAAUUGAGGCAAUGGAAUUCGCAAGGCCUUCCAAGAGACCAAGUCAGCACAGAGAAUGGUGUUCUAGUUGCUCACUCACGCCGCUGGCCGCUAAUGAUCGAUCCACAGGAACAAGCCAAUCGAUGGAUACGUACGAAGGAAUCCGAGAACGGAAUACGCGUCGUCAAGGCAACCGACGGCCAGAUGCUUCGAAUUCUAGAAAACGCCAUUCGAACCGGGUGUCCGGUGUUAAUGGAGGAUGUGGGUGAGACCCUGGAUCCAGCUUUGGAACCGAUUCUGCUGAAACACACCUACAUCAAGGCCGGCCGGCUGCUUAUUCGAUUAGGUGACAGCGAGGUGGACUACGACAAGAACUUCAAGCUCUACAUUACUACGAAAUUGCCCAAUCCCCACUACAUGCCUGAGGUGUCCAUCAAGGUCACACUCAUUAAUUUCACCGUCACACCACUAGGUCUGGAAGACCAACUGCUAAGUGAGGUCACCCGAUUAGAGAGACCGGAGCUCGAGGAGCAACGCAUUGAACUGAUUGUGCUCAUCAACGCUGACAAGAUCACCCUCCAACAAAUUGAAGACAAGAUUCUGCAGUUGCUCUUCGAAUCGGAAGGCAACAUUUUGGACAACGAGGCGUUGAUCAACACCCUGAACGAGUCGAAGACGACCUCGACGGAGAUCGCCAAGCGGCUGGUGGAGGCAGAGGCCACGGGCGAGAUGAUAACGCAGGCGCGUUCCAAGUACGUGCCCAUCGCCGCACGAGGCUCCGUUCUCUACUUCGUCAUCAGCGCACUGGCCGAAAUCGAUCCGAUGUAUCAGUUUUCUUUGAAGUACUUCACAUCGCUCUUUAGUCAGACAAUAGAAAAUUGUCCUCAAGACGAGACAGUGGACCGCGCAGAGGCACUCAUUGACGCCGUAACCCUUGCAACCUACAAUAACGUCGCUCGCAGUCUCUUCGCGCAGCACAAACUUGUUUUCUCCUUCAUGUUGUGCACCAAGAUCAUGUUGCACGAUGGCGAGAUUUCCCAGGCUGAGUGGGACUACCUCAUUGGCAGUGCCACGCAGUCCGAAUUCAGCGGACCAGCCCAGCCUGAAGAAACUCUUAGCUGGCUCGGAGUCCGCCAGUGGCGAGCCAUCUGCGGUCUUGAGGCCGCACUUCCAGACCAGUUCAAGGGCCUCUCCGAGGACGUCACCCAGAACGUGAUAUCCGUCGACUUCCGAGCUCCUGAUGACUCCCCUACAGAGGGUCUUACGGUUGCCCUAAGUCCCCCGGAGGAACUGCAACUUCCAGUCGGCGACUGGGACGAACGGCUCACGCCCUUCCAGAAGACCAUCCUCGUGAGAGCCAUCAAGGACGAGGACUUUGUGGCCGCCGUGACGGAAUUCGUUAGGAUUCAGCUGGGACGACAGUUCAUUGAAACGCCCGCAACCGAUUUGCCGCUGCUGUACGCCAACAUGGAUUCGGUCACGCCGCUAGUGUUUGUCCUCUCCACGGGCUCGGAUCCGAUGGCGCAGCUUCAGCGUUUCGCAAAGCAAAUGAACUACUUGGAACGCGUCCACUCGGUGUCUUUGGGUCAGGGUCAGGGCGUGACAGCGGAAAAACUAAUGACGAAGGCCGCGGAAGCUGGCGACUGGGUUUUCCUACAGGCGAGUUGCGGGCUAUCGAACUGCCACUUGGCGGCAUCGUGGAUGGUCCGUAUGGAGGAGAUAAUUAAGAAGCGGUCCGAAGCACCCGACAGCGUCCACCCGGACUAUCGCCUCUUCCUCAGCUCCAUGCCCGCCAAGUCCUUCCCCAUCACCGUGCUGCAGAACUCCGUUAAGGUCACCAACGAACCCCCGAUGGGGAUCAGGGCCAACGUCCGACGAGCUCUCAACGACAUCUCUUGCGAGUUCUUCGAGGACAAUGUACUCGAUGUUGAUUGGCGUCGUGUCGUCUUCGGCAUGUGUCUGUUCCAUGCGGUGAUUCUUGAGAGGAAGAAGUUUGGUCCCUUGGGCUGGAACAUCCCCUACGAGUUCAGCGAUUCCGAUCGUGAAUGCGCCCUGCUCAAUCUAAACCUCUUCUCCGAUGAAAACGGAUUUGCGUGGGACGCGCUCAAAUACAUCACUGCUGAGAUUACCUACGGCGGUCGCGUGACGGAUGCAUGGGACAAGCGAUGUCUCACGGUGAUUUUAAGUCGCUUCUUCUGCGAAGACAUGCUCAAACCGGACUACCGCUUCUCCGAAUCCGGUCUCUUCUAUGCACCCGACUACGAUACGCUAGCGGAAUUCCAGGAGUAUGUUGAAACCUUCCCCAUCUUGGAUCCCACGGAGAUCUUCGCCAUGCACGAAAACGCGAACCUUCUUUUCCAACAAAAGGAAACUGUUAAGCUUCUUAGCACCAUACUUGAGAUGCAGCCGAAGUCGAGCAAGGGGAAACAGGGCAAGACCCCGGAUGAGGUCGUCUUGGAGCUGGCCGGCAACAUCCUCGGGAGCCUGCCCAAGUACAUUGACAAAGAGAAGGCCCGGCCUGACCUCUUCAACCUCGACCGCAAGGGUCGCGUCAACUCGCUCACCACCGUCCUCGUGCAAGAAGUGGACCGGUAUAACAAAUUGCUCAGGAUCAUCGAGACGUCACUUAUCCAACUGCAGAAGGCGGUGAAGGGUUUUGUUGUCAUGUCUGAGGAGUUAGAACUCAUCUACACCGCAUUCCUCAUCAAUGCUUUGCCAAGUUUGUGGGAGAACGCGGCCUAUCCAAGUCUGAAACCGCUGAGUGCUUGGGUGAAAGACCUCAUCCUCAGGAUUGAGUUCAUCAACAUCUGGGUAAUCAAUGGUGCGCCAACGUCCUUCUGGAUAUCGGGAUUCUUCUUCCCUCAAGGUCAACACGAGGAGUCAUUUGGGCGUCCCCGCUCCGUAGACGAGGACCUGCCGGUGCAAGUCAUCACCGGAAAUCCUCGACUAAAGACAGGAGAACCAGACGACGAGGUUGGAUGCUGCAGAACAAACGGUCUGACUUUGCAACCCGAUGCGGCGUUUGGGUGUGCAGCAGAUGUUGGUGCGGCAACAUUCAUUCUCUGCCUGCACACAAUAAAGAUGCACACCUCGUGA